UUGGACUCCUAAUUAUUCUUUUCAAGGUAAGUGUUAUGUUUAUAUUCAUAUUGUAAUAUAAAUGGAUUAUCUCUUUUCUAUAAAUACUUUUAUAUUCCCAGAUGCCAACGCUGCUGCUUUGAUGAUCUUUUAACUAUAUGUUAGGGAUAGUCCAUAGAUUUCAUAGCUUGACCUUAACUGACUUAAAUUGCAUAUUAAUUGUGGUAAAUAUAUUAGGAAAUUUAAUAAAAUAAGAUCAGAUCUUGUUCUUUUAGAUUGUCGUUAAUUUCCUAGACUAUUAUCAAUGUAUAUAUUAUUGACGUAUUUUAUUUAGUAUGCAGAACUUGCUCUGUUUAAAGAAUAAGAAAUGUCUAGAAAUGUUGCCACUCCACAUUUUGUUUUAUCUAAACAAUUAUACAAAUAGUUUUUUUUUAACACAUUUAUUAAAAUCACUAAACUGCAAAUUGUGUAGAUUUGAUAAAGGAAAUUGCAGAUUUUAGACUAAAUUGGAAACAUUCCCAAGUUCAGCUAUUUUAGCUUUAACAUUUCAAUGACUUUGUCUAUUCCCUACAAUUUCAAUAAUAAAUCACCAUGGGCUUUAAUUACUGUCAAUGAAUUCUUUUUAGAAUGAGGCUAGGUAGAUCAAAGAGUUCUUCAUAGAUCAAAGAGUUCUUCAUUCAUGUUAACGAAGAGGUUGGAAGCUUAUAAACUCUCAAGGUUCUAUACCAUGAUUGAAAAAAGUACACCCCCUAAUUUAGCCAUACUUCAUAUAAAUUGUACAGUACCCCCUCCCUCCCCAACAUAUUUUUAUUUCAAAGCUUAGCUUAAGAGUAACAGAGCAUUCUGGGAAUUGUAGUUAUUCAACAGACGGAUUGCAUUCUACCAGAUGUAACCCCACUGAGGGCCAAGGUUAUGUAAAUAGCGUGUCAUUGUCACAUAUCCGACACGUGCUUAUUCCUUUAAGAUUAGAAUGCUAAAACAAAGAACAGAUCACAGCAGGUGCUGGUUUAAGAGUCCUUCAAAGUUUUAUUUGCCCUGAAUAUAAAGGCAAAUUUAUUAAGGGCCAGCAAAGGGAACACAGGACGACUUGGAAGAAUGUGCAUGCUUGAAAUAGGACAAGACCUUGUGGAGAAUGCAUCUUUUGCAUUCAGUCAUUCUUUAUUUUGGGUGAUCUAUAUCUACUAUAAACAUACCUAAAUUUAAUUGUUUUAGGUACGUUUUUCAAAUAAUCACACUCUGGCCUUGAUUCCAUUAGUUUGAAUCAGCAUCACAAAUGAUUCCAAUCUGUUAGAAAAAAAAAAAAAUACACAAAUGGUGACGUGUAUGGAUACAUCAUUUGAAAAUGUUUUAUUUGGUGCAGAUUGUGAUCAUCUGAAAAAACUAAUUAUCCAAAAGAAUUAAAUUGAGGCCUAUAUUUGAUGUUUGAUCUAUAUAAAAGUGCUAUUCAAGUUUAGAAAUGGCUACAAUGUAUAAAACACCCACACCCUACCAAAGUAUAAAUAAAUAGAUUAAAGCGUUCUGUGGUUAAAUACAUUCCUGGCACUUCAAGAACCACAGCCACUGUAUUUCACUGUAUAUUUAAUGCUGUACAGUAACCUGUAAGGUGCUAAUUACACCUCUGUGUGCAAUAUAAUUAAAACAUACAUACUUACUGUACCUCACUCUACUGUAAUGUAACCUGCUAAUUACACCUGUUAGCUCUCUAUAGCCAUAUACUUAUCAUUAUAUAUAUAUACAAACACUAUAUCUGUGCAUGGCAAAAAAAAAUAAAUAGGUUUGGACUAAUUGAUUUGUCUAAAAAAACAUUGUUGGGAUCUGUGCUUCAGUUCAGGCAAAUUUUAUCCUUGAGAUCAUUGUAAAAACUAAUUUGGCAAACCAAAAGAGCACGAGAAUGGGCCAAUCGGUGUGCUGCAAAAUAUAUACCUAAAAUAAAUAUCAUGUAUAUAUUUCAAAGUGCACUAAUAUGCGCAAAUUCACAACUCUUGAUUCACAGAUCAAUUGGGAACAAGUGAAGAAUAGAGAGAUAAAAGAGGAGGAGCGAUAGAAAAAAAUCUGUAUUUAUAUAUUAUAUAUUUAUUAAAUAUAUCAUAUACGAAUAUUAAGGAUGUGCAUGGGCAAAAAAUUCAGUUCAGUUCAGCACUUCGAAAUUCGGGACUUCGGCAAUUCGGCACUUCGGUAACGCACUUCCGAAAUUUGGAUCCGAAUGUCCGAAUUGACGAAAUUCGGACGAAUUUAAAUUGCACGUCUAACGAAUAUAUCAUUACGGAUUUUUCUUAUUGCUCAUCCUUUUACUCCGAUUGGUUACUUCUUACUUGAUGGAACUCAGAAUCAGGAAUCAAACAAAACUGUUCAUCCAUUGUCCAUUUUGUUUGUUUCUUUAUUGGUCCAUAUCUCAAUAUGGAGUCUCUGAAAUCAGAAGAACCUCCGAUUGCCCCGAAUUUGGACAAUUCGCAAUUUGUUUGAAACUGAAUGCACUAAGCCUAACAAACACUGUUUACCUAGUGCACCUACUGUAACUCACUGUAAUGUAACCUGUAAAGAGGCAAGCAAUCCUGUUAAGUUAGGAUUAUGCAAGGCUUUUGCAAAGAUAUAAUAUACUCUUUUAAAGAAUGUUUAAAGAAUUUGAACGCUAAGUUGGUUUGCCACGUUAAUGUCGGUAAUUAUCGUUUGUGAAUUUCUUCUGUCAUAUUUUCCUUGCAGACAAAACAAUGGGCUUCUUCACGUGUAUCAAACUUAUAAUGGUUGUAUUCAACCUGCUGAUAUUUGUAAGUAUCAAACCUCUUUCCUUGUGCAGUCUAUACUGCCAGCGUAAAACCUUGACAUCCUGCUACAUUUAACACAUACACCACAUGAGAACUGGUAUCACAGAGAGGAUAAUGAUACCUGUUUAUUUUAUGGUUCUUAACUAGAACACUCACCAGUCAAUUAAAGAGAAGAUGGAAAUGUCUCAAUUAAGAAAAAAAAAUAUUUUAUAUUGUGUGUGUGUGGGGGGGCAGUGUGUGUAUGGGGGCAGUGUGCCUGUAUGGGGGCAGUGUGCCUGUAUGGGGGCAGUGUGUGUGUGUAUGGGGGGGCAGUGUGUGUGUAUGGGGGGCAGUGUGCCUGUAUGGGGGGCAGUGUGUGUGUGUAUGGGGGGCAGUGUGUGUGUAUAUGGAGGGCAGUGUGUGUUUAUGGAGGGGCAAUGUGUGUCUAUAGGGGGGAAAUUAAUAAAUAUAAACUUUUUUUAAUUAAAAAAAAUUAUAAUUUUCAUAUCACCCCUCCCCACUUACCUUUGCUUCGGAGGGGGGGACAGUACUAAUCCCUGGUGGUCCGGUGGAGAAGCCCUGGUGACUCCUGAGGCUCAAGUGCACCCUUGCAAGAUUAGGAGUGUUGCCAUGGUAAUCGCGGCAACGCUACAAUUUGGCAAAAAGAGAACCCGGCGGAGCUGCAGAUUAGAGCUUUCCUGGGUCCUCUCUCCCUCCCCUGUGAGGAACGGUUUCCAGUGCUAUUAUCAUAGCACCAGGGAAAUAUUUUGCAGCGGUACUGCGGCACACAGUUUGGGAACCGCUGUCCCAUAUUAAACCUUUUCCACAUAACUCCCCCAAAACGUAUGAUCACCUGUUUCUGGAAAUAUAGAAUUCUCACAUAUCUUAGAGGUGAAAAUGUGAUAUCUAUGGGUAUCUAGAAAUAUAAGGGAUUUUUUCUAGCAGUGAUUCUUUUAUGUUUUAAAUAAAUUACCUUUUAGAUCUUGCAAUCUGUAAAUUGCAAAAAAUAUAUAAUUUACUAGAUUUACUAGUGUCACAAAACUGAUUUUAAAAUAUAUAAGUGAUAUAACAUUAUAUGAGUUAGAUAUAAAUGACGUUUAAUAUAAAAUAAACAUGUCAAAUUUAUUUUUUUAUAUAUUUUUUCUCUCUGUAGCUUGGCGGAGGGGUUCUCCUUGGAGUAGGAAUCUGGGCUACUGUGGACAGUAACUCUUUCGUACAUAUAUUUGUAUCGAUUUCCGCUGAAACUGCUACACAAAUUCUAAAUGUUGCAUGUCUUCUUAUUGCCAUCGGAGCAGUACUUGUUGUGAUCAGCUUCCUGGGGUGCUAUGGAGCUCAGCAAGAGAGCCAGUGCCUUCUAAUUACAGUAAGUGACCUGUCUACCAUGGAUAAAGAUAACAUGAAUACUGAGAUUGGUAUCCGUUAUAGGUUUUAUGUACCUACUUGUUUUUAUUUACACAAGUACAGUAGUUUAUAUCUAUGUUAAAGGGAUACUAUAGGCAUCAAAACAAGUUUUGCUUAAUGAAGCAGUUUUGGUGUAUAGAUCAAGCCCCUGCAGUCUCAUUACUCAAUUAUCUGCCACUUAGGAGAUAAAUCACUUGUUUCCAGGGUUAAGGGACCUGGGACACUGCACCAUUGCACCAAUGAGCUGAAGUGGUCUGGAUGCCUACAGUGUCCCUUUAACAUUGAACGCCUGUGAGCGGAAGACCUGUUCCACUAUCUUGGCUGAGGGUUGAGUAUAUUGGGUCAUUAUUGGAUUGACCAUAUUUUCUCCAAAAUUAAAUGCUUUUAAUACCACGUCUAAAAAUGACCAACCCACCCAGGAAAAAUGCUUUCUCAGGAUCUAACAAUAGGAUGGCCAGUGGGAUUUUAUAUUCUGAAGCGUAGUCAAUUAUAUCAAUGAUCUUUCUUGUAUUUGGUUGACGUCCCUUUGCAAAUCCUUCUUGAUCUUUAUAAAUGAACUGUGGAAUUAUGCGUUUAAUCCUCUCCAUCAAGACAGUGGAAUAUAUCUUAACGUCACUGUUAAUAAGCAAAAUUGGUCUAUAGUAGACCAACAGAAUUUUUUUAGUACUCCAUAAUCGGAGUUUAAUUUUUCUUGUGCAGGAAUAUAUUAUGCAAAGAAGAAUAAUAAUCUCUAAAUGAAGAGACAAUCCAAUUGUGGGUCCUACAAAUCUUACAAUCUGUUAUAUUCUCAAAAAAUCUUUCAUUUAGGAUUUUUUUUUAGUUGUUUAGAUACAAAUGUUUCUAUCCACUUAACUAAAUUAUUACAAUAGUGAGGAGAUAAAUACCAGUCCCUACUCUAGAUAUAUUUUAGUAAAUUGCUCUGUAAAUUGAACUUUAGUUAAACACGGAAGGCUCUUGACGUGCCUAUAAGGCAUUAAGCAAAGAAGGAGAGAAGAAAUUCUAGUUUAAAAACUGUGCAAUACAGGAACCUAAAAUAUCUAGGUUCCUUUUCAGGAAGUGUUUAGAAAGGCUGUGCAAGUCACAUGUAUAGAGGUGUGGCCAUGGCUGUAUAAACAAAGUGAUUUAACUCCUAAAUGGCAGAGAAUUGAGCAGUGAGACUGUAAGGGCAUGAUCUAUACACCAAAACCACUCAAUUCCAGCUAAAAUUGUUUUGGUGACUAUAGUGUCCUUUUAAGGCAUUUGUGUGUUUACACUCAGGUAGUAUGACCUCAAAGUAGAUGAACUCAAAAUUCUCUAAAAUAGUAGUAUUGCCUCGAACUUUAAACAUGCACAUUUGCAUUAAGAGAAACAGACUAUAUUCUACUAAACAUCACUGGGUUUCACAUCUCCAGUCUCUCUGAAUCUCAGGGUUUUUUUUAACUUGACCCGGUUUAGCUGUUUGGAAUGAACGUGUACAUACUCAAACUAAGCAGGGAUUAUCAUAUUUAAUUUUUAUUUUAUUUAUUUAUUUUUUUCACUCCUAAAUACUUUCAAGGAUUUUAACUAAAGUGAUAAUUCAAGGUGAAUUCAAAGUAAAUUUCAGAUUUAAGUUUAAAAUAGUCAUCCAUGCCUUUAGUUUGUCUACUCUGGCCUUAAAUUUAAAAUUCACUUUGAAUUCUAACUGUAGUGAAUAACCCUGUUAGUAAUGAUUUAACCAUAAUGUGAAUAUGACCAUGCUGGUGCCUGGCUGGUGCACACAUUAAACCUCCUCCAACUUCUUACACUUACUUCAUUACAUGGGAGUCUUCUGUUUCUUGUACUGACACCCUUACAGUUCCGAGAUACAUUGUGUUUUUCCUUAAUCUUUUUCAGUUCUUCACAGUUAUCCUGAUUAUCUUCGUUGCACAGCUAGUUGGUACUGUGAUAAUUUUGGUUAAUCCAUCCAAGAUAAGACAGGUAAGGCACUUUUGGAAGAAGACACUUUAAACAGUAAUUUAAAGGACCACUAUAGGCACCCAGACCACUUUAGCUCAAUGAAGUGGUCUGGCUGCCAGUUCCAUCUAGUGUUAACCCUGCAGAGAAACUGCUAUGUUUACACUAGGGUUAAUGCAGCCUCUAGCGGCUGUCUCAUUGACAGCCGCUAGAGGCGCUUCCGUGCUUCUCACUGUGAAUCUCACAGUGAGAAGACGCUGAUGUCCAUAGGAAAGCAUUGAGAAAUGCUUUCCUAGGGAAUGACUGAAUGCGCGCGCAUGCGCAUUCAGCGCUGACGUCAAAAGAGGGAGGAGAUUUCCCCAGCGCCGAGGAUUACCCUGAGGGUGGGGGGGACCUAAAGACCCUAUAGUGCCAGGAAAACGAGUUUGUUUUCCUGGCACUAUAGUGGUCUUUUAAUGAUAGAAUUUAUGGGAAUUUUCCUAGUUUGUGUUAGCCAGCCCUAUAUCAUCCGCUGAGUUUAAUCUCGGGGAAAAAAAUUACCUUGUGUUUGGAUAUUCUCUACCGAUCUCCUCUAAUCUAUUCUGAAUCAGUUUAAUCCAGUAAAUAUCUAUCUCCAAAUGCAUUAAAUACUGUCUCCUCCCCUGCAGGUGUGUCCAUAUGCCAAGAGACAGCAUGGAUUUAAGAUGAUCUGCAGAUCUAGCCUCAUAGUUUAAAGGGACGCUAUAGUCACCAGAACAACUACAGCUUAAUGUAGUUGUUCUGGUGAGUAUAAUCAUUAUAUGCAGGUAUUUCAUGCAAACACUGCAUUUUCAAAGAAAAUGCAGUGUUUACAUCCCCCCUAGGGACACCUCCACGUGACCACUCCUCAGAUGGCCACUGUAGGGGCUUCCUGGUUCAGUGCUGCACAGUAGGCAGCACUACCAUUCAGCGUCUCCAUGCCUUGCGCGGGGACGCUAAAUUUUCCUCAUAGAGAUGCAUUGAUUCAAUGCAUCUCUAUGAGGAGAUACUGAUUGGAAAAAGUGGUAUUUGGCCCCGCCCAUUUCCUUCCUCCUUGCCGAUUUUAGCCAAUCCAAUGCUUUCUCUAUUGGCUAAAAAUCUGCAAUUCUGAUGAUGUCACCAAGGAGGUGGAACGGGGGCAGGACCAUCGCUGGCGGAUGCGCGGCGCUUGAAAUAAGGUAUGUUUUAAUUCCUUUUAAGAGGUUUAAGGGGGGGGGGGGCAAGCCACCUAAAUGGUGGGUUUAACACUAUAGGGUCAGGAAUACAUGUUUGUGUUUCUGACCCUAUAGUGUUCCUUUAAUGUGUAGGGGGUAUUCUGGCUGAAGGUUUUGUCUAGCACCUCCUGUUGGUUGGAGGCUGCCUUACAUGGCGUGUGUGUUCAGUACAAUCUGAGUGAAUUACACUUUUGGAGUGUCAUUGCCAUUAUAGACUCUUGCCUUUCACUGUCUUUUCUGCCAGUUGUGUUCAUUUAGUGGAAAUUGUCACUUUUAAUACCUAGUGACAUCACUAAAAUGGAUUGUAAUAAAGGAGUUUUAAAGAAGCACAUGAAGAUUAUAGAUUAUUUAGAGCUUCAAGAACCCAGCUCUGCUCCCCUUAUCAAUUGUAUUAACGUAACAUGUGGCUUUAAAUUCUCUCCCCUCUUUUCUAUGGUUUUAUACUUUUAUUUUUCACAUCUCUAGGCAGAAGAUGAGCUGAAGACUCUUCUGAAACCUGUGCUCCAAGAGGAAUAUGGUACAAAUGAGCAAGUGACAAAACUGUGGAAUGGGACCAUGAAUGAUGUAAGAAGACUGUGCCCAAACUGCCUAUUACAAACAAUUAUCCUCUGUCCAACUGACACAAAACAUUCUCAAUAUAUCUUUUCAGCUCAAGUGUUGUGGUCUAAGUGGGUAUGAAGACUUCAUCAAUUCAAACUAUGUCAAUCUCAGUCAUGUCUAUCCUUCUCAAUGCUGCAACUCCACCGUGAUGACCUGCACUAAGACAAACGCGCAAGCUUCUGAUGUACAGGUAGAUAGGACAGCGCUACUUAAUAGCCAUUAGAUAAAUGUCACAGAAAAAAACACACACACAAAAAGUUCUUAUUAUACCAAAAUGUAAAUAAUAAAUAUAUGUUUCUUAAAACAGCAAUAAUUGGUAUAGGUAGAUACAUUUUGUCACGCAACAGGGAUUUACAGAAGUGCUUCCAUUUCUUGUUAAAUAAAUGUGAUUUUAAUUAGAUAUAAUAAUGUCCCGUUGAAUUUAUGGUGUCUUGUGUCAGCUGCCACGGGUGGCAGCCAACUUGUCAAAUCUAUUACCGCUGUGUGAAUUUAAUGAAGCUGUUACUGAGAUUUUAUUUUAUUUUAAUGCUCAAUAGGUUAAAUUGAUAAUAAUUGGUAGCAGCUAACAUUGGGCUGUAUUAUAUGAACAGAGUAGAUCUAAUGGUGGCUGAGUUCUGUUUUCGUACUUUGUACUGAUAACAGAGGAAUAACAUAAGUUCUUUCUGGAGAGAGAGAAUGGUCAGGUAUUGGAGGGAUUCUUGUUGAGAAGUAGAUGUUUGGGGUUAUAAUAUCUAUUGAGGCGGGAUGGGGAUGUCCAAUGUGAUUGCUUAGGAAGAAUCCUAGAUGUGCAAUGUUACAGAGAUUUUAUGGGUGACAUAUAUCGGAAAUAACUCAGAAUCCUGUACGAGAGAACCUUCAGGGGUAAGAUAUAUUGUGUCUUUAAAGUGAUUCAUACCUUAGAGGCAAUGUUUGUGGAUACUAUUAGGAAUUUGGCUAUGAAGCCUCUCUGUAAAAUGACAACAUAUUUUGUAGAUCCAAUGUAAGGUGUGUCAGGAAAAAUUGUACAAGGGGAGCAUUUAUGUUUGUCCAAACGUAAACUGUGCACAUAAUAGGAACUUCAAUGAAAAACAUUUGUGGACAACAUGGAGAGGGCUUGAAGAACAUAAAGAAGGGCAACGCAAUGAACUUUACUAGAAAAGUAUUCUUUCAUUUCUUCUUUAGGGUUGUUUUGAGAGUGUCCUGGCCCUCAUCCAGAAGCAUAUACCCAUAGUGGGUGGUGUGGCGGCUGGCAUCUGUGCUUUGGAGGUAAGAGGAGAACCCGACACUAAUGAGAGAUCAUUUUAGGCAGUGAUUUAACUGAAGAGAGUUUCUGUUUGAUUUUUUUUUUUAAAUACCGACCUUCAUUUGCAAACUGAUCAACAGGGCCAUUAGGAAGUUCCUUGAAAAUAUUAAUAUAUAAAAGUGUUUUCAGCUUACUUGCAGUUGAGGAAGACUAGUUUCUAUAUGUGAAUAUAUAUAACAGGCCUAAUGUAUUUUGGGAAUAUGUGUAAAAUAGCGGACAUUGUGAUAACUGUCCUGCUUAAUUUUUAAAAUAUUUUAAAGUAUAUGGAACUGGAACUGAUGGAUAUGUGAAUUGAUCGAAAUGGCUGAAACAUGACUUUGUAGUGUUGGAGAUUGUGAGAUGACAUUUAUGCCAGGAUGCCAGUUAUUUCCCAUUGUCUGACCAUAUUUGGUGCCAUGUUGCAUGCAGUACAUUGGACACACACUGACGUUCUAAGAGCAAUACCCAAGGCACCAUCUCAAAAAUAUUGAUUGUUUCCAUUGUAAUUCCAACAGUAAAUGGAAAGUGGAGUGUUUUGUUUCUUCUACAAUAUUAAUAUUUGAAAGACCAGAGUAUGUUGAAAAUUACCAUUUUUUAAUGUAUUAGAUAUACACUGAUCAGCCACAACAUUACAGCCACUAACAGGUGAAGUGAAUAACAUUAAUUCUAUUGUUACAAUGGCACCUUUACAGGGGUGGGAUAUAUUAGGCAGCAAGUGAACAGUCAGUUUUUGAAUUUCAUCUGUUGGAAGCAGAAAAAAAUGGGCAAAUAUUAAAGGUUAGACAACUGGGUCAGAACAUCACCAAAACGGCAACUCUUGUGGGUUGUUCCCAUUAUGCAAUGGUUGGUACCUACCAAAAGUGGUGCAAGGAAGGAUAAACAGUGAACCGGCUUAGCCGCAGUCCAUUCAGGGUACCCAUGAUGACCCCUGUCCACCACCAAAAGUGCCGUCAGCAGGGGACAUGAGCAUCAGAACUGGACCAGUGCUGCCAGGUCUGAUGACUCAUGUUUUGUUUUAGUUCAGGUGGAUAGCCGGGUGUGUGUGUAUUGUUUACCUGGGGAAAAGAUGGCAUAAUGGGAAUAAAGCUAGCUGGUGGAGUCAGUGUUAAGCUCUGGGUAAUGUUUUGCUGGGAAACCUUGAGUCCUGGCUUUCAUGUGGAUGUUUCUUUAACAUAUACCACCUACCGAGUGAUUGUUGCAGACCUGAUGGCCUCUUUCAGCAGGAUAAUGCACCCUUCCACACUGCAAACAUUUUUCAGGAAAAAAAUCUCAAUCCAAUUGAGCACAGUGGAAUGUGCUGGAACAAUACAUCCAACCCAUGGAGGCCCUACCGGUGUUGUCAUUAAUGCUUAACAGUUGCAUUUUACUGACAAGCAUGGAAAUUAGCCUUCAAUGUUUAAUAAACCACCAGGUUCUAACAUGUUAUAUAUUUUUUCAGAAUAUUUCAAACACAUGGAUGCUAUCUUUUAUAAAACUUGUAUUUAAUUGUUCUCUUUCUCAGUUGGCAGCGAUGAUGGCAUCCAUAUAUCUCUACUGUCAACUAGGCGACGCUGGAAGCAUGCACUAACUACAAGAAGAAAGGACCUGCUUUACAAAAACUAUUUCUAUGUAUUUAGUAUUUUUUUCUCUGUGUUGACAUUUAUAUACAAAACCUAAUAUCAACAAAAUUGCAAUAUGAAUACAGUUUGGCUCGGCUAAGGAACCUAAUGGCACUUUUCGGUGGCAUCUAAAUACCAGCUAGUUUGUUACAAUGUCAUUGCUUUUUAAACACUUCAUUACUGAGGCGUGAUUGGUUAUAUCUUAGUGUAUUUCACAUCUUUACUAUGAAGGUAUUUGAAAGUUAAAUGGCCACAAUUUUUUGUGUGAGUCAAUACGUAUGACAUUAUCUUUGUAGAUCUUUAAAAAAAAGUUAAAAUGUAAUGUAGUUAAAUACCACAAUGAAAUAUGUUAAUUUAUUUUGUUUUCAAAUUGUUAAAAUUAUGAGAAACUUCUAUACAAAGAGUUGGAUGUGUGAUUUUGCUUUCUGCAUUUGCGAAAUAUGUAAAUAAAUAAAUCCAAACGGGAUAGAGUCUUUUUGUGUUCACUUUAUUAAUAUGGUUAUUUAUUUAAAAUAAAUUGUUUGAAAUUCAAAGUGAAUUUCAAAUUUUAGACCAAAAAAAACAGAAAAGCUGAGUUAUAGAAUUUUUCCUAUUUGUAUAUUUUUUGCCAAAAGUUUGCAAUCCCUAUAGAAGGAGCUUACAUCCAAACAUCUGAAGCACUUUAGCUUGCUGAAUACCUUUAUGUGUGAAGAAUGUGUCCUCUUUUUUUUAUUUAACAAAAAAGGCAGAUUUAAAUAGAAAUAGACCCUUUUAUAAAUUAACCUGGUUACACCACCCAGCUGUCAAUCAGACACUCUGCCAAGUUACUUCCUGGUUUGUCUUGGUGGAAUUAAACUCAAGAGGCAACAAUUGCCCAGAGCACCUGCCUUGCAAAGACUUCUCAUUGAGCUGCAUUGGGAAGCCUGUGAUUGGACAGCCACAGAAAGUCAGGGCGGGGUUAGAAUGAGAACACAGUGAUCUGUUCCUGGACCCGCCCCUCAGACUGACAGUGUGAUCUCCUGGAGGGAGAGAACUGGGGACAGAAUGGACAAGUCAAAAAUUACAUAUAAUGCGCUUGAGGAUUCUGUGCCAACAGGCGCUCGUGAUGUAAAUCUGGUCUUGAAGAGUUCUCUAAUUUUUGCAGGCUGUUUUUAGAUACAUUUAUGAAAAAAAAUACAUAAUUAAAAUGCAUGUUUUAAUUUGAGUAUAUAGUGAUUGAUUGCUUGAUUGAUUGAUUGAUUUUGUUUGGGCAGUGAAGUGUCCAUUUAAUAUAUGACCUGAGAUUAUAGAUCUUCUUUGCGUAAAGUGAUCAGCCACACCCCAAAUAUUUUCUCUUACUGGAAGGGGUGUAGAUUCAGUAAAUGGAUAAUAAAUUGCACAUGUGCUAAAUUAUGUGGCAUCAUAAAUACACAGAGUACAAACAUUGCUAUGUGUAUCACACCUAUUCUGGGCAAACAUUCUGGACUGAAGGACUUUAAACACCCAUGUUCUGCAUUUUUAUGCUGACGGCAAUUUUUCUUUAGAAUUUUUUUUAAUCAGAAUUAAGGAAGUGACUUGAUAAUCAACAGCUCAGGAUUUUCUUUCAUGUAUUUGUUAUUUAAUUACAAGUUGUACUUUGUUCAGUGUUUUUUUUUGGCCCUGGAUGCUAUUACAUGAUGCAAGAGUUAUUGUUUGAAACUGGUCUAGAUUUUUAUUUGUGUUUGUGCGUGUGUGUUUGUUUAUGUGUGUGUGUGUGUGUGUGUGUUUCUGUGCGUGUGUGUUUGGAUUUUCUUGAUCUGAUACUUGGUAUAACAAUUGGUAUAACAGCGAAAGUUUAUUUUCUAUUAAACCAUGGAGAUGAACUGUUUAAAUAUAUAUCUUUAAAUUCCAGGGUUCAGACUCAUAUUAUGGCCUUUCUCUGCUUUUUCCCGAAAGCAUUCAAUCCCUUGAAGGUGUAGGGGUGUGUGCGAGUGUGUGUGUGUGUGUGUGUGUGUGUGCAUGCAUGUGCGUGCGUGCGUGCGUGUGUGUGUGUGUGUGCAUGCAUGUUUGGGUCUCACAUGCGUCAAGGUCCCAGGCAAGAAAUGCCUCCUCCUAUCAGCCAGGAAGUCUGGAGCCAUCAUCCACAUUUUUGGAUUAGAAGUCCUUGUGUAACUAUUUAUUUGCAAAUGUACAGACCACUCACUAAAGGGACACUCUAAGCAGCAUAUUGACUACAGUGCAGUUUAGCAUUAUAGCACCAGAAGCCCCCUGGUAUCGUCUGAUGAUAUACUGCCAAGCUGUUUAAGAAUGGAUGACAUUUCCCUAUCUCUGUCAAGCUCCUUUGGUCCUUCUGGUCUGGACUUGAAGAUAAAAUGGAAGUUCAUGCUGAGAACCUGCUGAUGGCUUUCAUCCACUUAAUAAUGUCCCAGGAUGCUAUGAGUUGGAAUGACACUUAUCACAGCCCCUAUCCCCACUCCCUCCCCCUUCACAGGCCCUGCCCCCCUUAUAAAAGCCUCUAUACACAUUAACACAGCAACUAGCACCCCCCCCAAUAUAAGCCUAUUAUGCCCCCAGCACAGCCCCUCUACACUUGCUAUCCUCCACUACAGCAUCUAUUCCUUCCAUCACUGCCCAUAUUCCUGCCCCAUCAAAGGCCCAAUCCCCCCAUCAUACUCUCUAUUCCCACAUUACAGUCAUAACCCCACACACAAUGCAUCUAGUUUCACCGUCAUACACUACAGCCUAUAUUUUCCCGAUACACUACAGCCACUAUCCCCUUAUCACAGCCCUUAUUCCCUCACCACAGCCUAUAUCUCCCAUAUACUAUAGCCUCUAUCUCCCCUAUAUACAAUAGCCUCUAUCCCCCAUAUACUACAUCCUUUAUCUCCCAUAUACUAUAGCCUCUAUCCCCCAUAUACUACAUCUCUUAUCUCCCCUAUAUACUAUAGCCUCUAUCCCCCAUAUACUACAUCUCUUAUCUCCCCUAUAUACUAUAGCCUCUAUCCCCCAUAUACUACAUCUCUUAUCUCCCCUAUAUACUAUAGCCUCUAUCCUCCAUCUACUUCAUCCUCUAUCUACCUUAUAGACUACAUCCUUUAUCUCCCCCGUACACUACAGCCACUAUGUCCCUAUACUACAUCUCAUAUCUCCCCCAAACACUACAACCUAUAUCCCCACAUUAGAGCCCCUAUUCCCUAUAUACUACAGCCCCAAUUGCCCUCAUGUACCACAGCCUUCCUCCCCCACCCAUACACUACAGUCAUAAUGUCCCCCACAUACACUACAGCAAUUAACAUCGCCACACACAAAGAAACACUACAACCCCUCUCCUCGCACACUACACAUCUAACAGGCAUCUCCGAAAACUAAUAUACAAUGUAUAUGGGGAUACAAAUCUACAGAAGAAAUACAAAUAUACUGUAAUACAGUUAAAGAAUCAUUGAUUAAUUGUGCUGUUUAAAAUGUACACAGAAGAUACAAUGGUGAUACACAUCUCUGGAUGCAUCCCUUGAAAUUCUUUGGGGUUAUCCAAUGUCAACUUUCCCCCAGACUGUCACCUCCACACCAGGACCAAUUGUGUCAGGACACAGACUAGGUUUCAAGUAACUGAAUUUAUUAUAAAGUAUAAAAUACAAAUAAAGUGCAGUGUUCCUAUACAUUUCACCCCAAUAUUACCAAUAAAGUGUAAAAAAACAUAAAAAAUAAAAGCAAUUCCCAAAGAAAACAUAUCUGUAUACACCCCCUCCCCAAUUCUUCCUUACAUAGGGCUAAUCCCGUCAUCCUAUUGGUGACAUAGUGGGCGUGCCUCCAUUCAGCAGCUGUUUCUCUUGUGAUUGCCAAUUUUGCCAAAUCACAGCGCCCCUUGCACAGCUCUGGCCUGCUCCUGCCCAUUACAGCUCGUCACUUAUGGAGCGUCUGUUCCUCAUUUGCGUUUGGGUUCCAUUAUCUUUCUAUAUUUCCUUUUCUUGCGGCACCAUUUGUUUUCUAUUUACUGUCCUCGGGCAUUUUAUCAUCCCUAAUAUUGUUUAAUUAACCUCAUAUGCCUAUUGAACAUAUAGAUAAUGCAUGACUCAGUGGUAUAUUGGGUAAACAUAUUGUAAACAUAUAUCCCCAGACAUUACGCUGCUGCAAACAGUCUCAAUUCACAGACACACACCCCCAGAAGUACUUCCACAAAUGAUAUUCCACAUAUGGGGACACCAGAGACAUGUCACCAUCAAUCACAGAACAAUAAUGUCAUUAAAUAUGUUUGCACAGUGCUAAACAAGCGCAGGGUGUCUUCCUUAUGUCAUAGCCCUUCAGCAAGGUUCUGCGCAUAAGCGGUCCCAGAGGGGAUCAAAUUCACAUUCCCACUUUGGGAAGUGUGCAUGUCAUUGGUGAUGACACAACAUACCCGUCCCUGGCCCUGGUCCUGCCCCCAUGGCUCCCAUAUUGGGAGAGUUCACCAUCAACACUUCCGAAUUAAGGUCAUGCCUCAAGAUAUCACAUACCAGCAAACGGGAAGACCACUAUGUACUUUCUCUGCAACAUACCAAGACCAGUCAACCAGGUCAAACAGUAAAGUUCCUUAUUACCCAACAAUAAACCAAUGGUGUCCAGUAAAGACACUAGAUAUAUAUCGACACGACUUACCAUCACCUUCAAAUCAACCUUACCAUACAGGGGGCCAUUCUCACUACAAGCAAAUUCAUGCUUUACAUUAAAAUCCUAUUAAUGAGACUAGGUCUCAACCCCUUACACUAUUCCGGACACUCCUUCAGGAUAGUCAUGACCUCGGCAGCCUCCCACAGGAACAUCCCUACCAAUAUUAUAAAGUAAUUGGGGCGCUGGAAAUAUUCAGCCUACUGUAGAUACAUUCCUCAACCAGAGAAGGAAUUUAGACAAGCAUUCCAACAUUUAGCAUUUUGAUAGUCUGUGUUGUAAUAAUGUGAUUGUUGAUUGAAUAAAAAAAUAAAUUGGCAUACAUCCUCUUUUGCCCACUUUAUUUACAGGUCUACUGAUACAUUGGUUUCGGCACACCAGAACCGAAUGUUGUAUACCUCUACAUGUAUCAUAAGGUAUCAAGUACCAGAUACGGCUUUAUUGCCCCGAGCACAAAUAUAUAUUUUAAAAGAUAGUUGUUUAAAAGUGAGCGAUUAUACAGGACUAUGGACAUUAUUAAUAAUAGCUGGAUCAGAAACAAAUCUGGCUGGUAUUAUGUCGUAAAUUAGGAAUUAUAAAUGUUUUCUUCGUUUUGUGUGGAUCAACAGCAGUUAUUGCAAUAUAUGGACCAAAGUGGGGUCUCCUUCCCUCAGGGUCUCCUUCCCUCACUUCCUUCUGCUGCUUCAGCAACACAGUGUACAGUGAUUUUAGCAGUGCAAAAAGCCCACUUUCCCAUACACUAGUCGAAACUACUUAGCGAGGGUAGAACAAGAACUGAUUUAUUAGCCAAACAUACAAAUAGUUAUACAAGUUUGAAUGUCUAUUCACCCUCCAGGAGGUGAUCUGUAUAACGAAAGACAAUUCUUCUUUUAUUUCAAUCUUGUAGAAUACUGCUCCUGAGGUCUAUUUCUUAAAAAAGAAAAAGUGCAGUUUUUUUAGGCAUUCCAUGUUAUAUUCAUAUCACUGUAUAUUGUUACAAAUUGUAUGAUGAAAUGUCUGGUGCACUAAAGUGUCAGGAAUACAGUUUUGCAUUCCUAACACUAUAGUGUUCCUUUAAUUUGUGAGUUCUCACUAACCAUUGCAAUGUUUACAAACAGUCCCCCACAUCAUCCAAUUAUUUUUUGUAAAUCUAUUUUUAUUUUUUUCUAACAUAAUACCGAAAAGAGAGUGGGAAAGAUGCAGAUGUUGGACUGAUUAAAGGGCAGCACGCCAUGUCAGGAGCAGGGAAUUUCUUUACCAAUAUUGGGAAUUUCUUUACCAAUAUUGAUGAUAGAAUAAAAAGAUAAAGUCUACCCAGCCUAUGAAAAGUGCAUCACUGUGGAAAUAAAAGGAUUUCAGAAUUGCAGCCAUGGAUUACAGAAUUGCAACACACAACCUAGAAGGAAGUUAUCGCCCCAGAAUUUGUACGGUAAUAAUGGACUCACCAUAUAAUUGAGAGGUAAUAAGUGCACACUCAGUAGCAUGAGGGACUGCUGAAUUAGUUACACACAUUGCUGAGAACCAGUAUGUUCACCUGUGACACAGGUAACUGGGACAUUGAAACUCAGAAGCUGUUAAGGAACUUGCAAAGCGGUAUUUAGCAGAACACAUGAUAAUAUCAUCAUGUCACAAAGUAUUGCAAAUAUGUUUUCUGCAACAAAAGAAAAGUUUUACAUACUCCACAAAGCAGGAAAAAUGCUCAAAAACAACUAAAAAUCAUAUGACACAUUUACCCAUAAUAGGUAUCGAACCACGAGGGCAGUAACAAAUAUUUGGUGACAUUUAUUGUUGACUAAACCUGAUACACUAUGCUAUUGCUAUUAAAGAACAAAAAAAGACUCAGAGAAAGAUUUGCAGCCAUUAUCAGCAACAAACACCAAUGGAAACAGGAGAAAUCCCCGUGGACAAAGUAGCAAAUAGUGUCACAUAUCCAGCUGACACUUUUCCCUCACCUGGUGCUCAGCGGCCGGAAGCUUGCAGUGCUGACUGUCUCAGCAUACAGUCUAGCACCGGCCGUUGCACAUCCACGGGAAGAAAUAACCCUGCGCGCACGUGACCGAGGGUGCACAUGAACGCGCACGCGCACCGCACACGCACAUUUUGGAGCCAUAAUACCGGGCUGACCAAUGGGAAAGGGAGGACGGAUAUAAAAACCUAGUCUGACCUCCACUCAGUGCCCUGUCGUGGUUUCCCAUGUGGUUGUCCGAGAGCGCGUUCCUGUUUAUAGUUUUCUACUGGUUUUUGACUUUGGCUUUGUUUAUUGACUUCUCUGUAUUCUGGUAUCCUGACUCCUGGCUUUCCUUAUCGUUGCGUCCCUUUCUGUGUUCCCUGACCUCGGUUAGUAUUUUGACUAUUCUAUGUACGUUAAAUCCGGCCAUUCUAAGGACCGGUAAUACGUUACUUAUUAGUCAUUAAGGCUAUACAGUUCUACGUGCUGGAUCAUACAAUAAUCCUGAUAAAUAGACAAGUAAGAAAAUACAGAGAACGAGGCAUCAAACACGAUGGCAGAAAGUAUAAUACAUCGAGUGACAAAGAGCAGAUGUGUACUGGCAGAAUCCAAACUUUCCAAUAACUAAUAUUUUACCAGCUCCGAACUGCAAAACAGGCAGCCAUCAAAUGCGAUCCAGAAAAUCCCACGUGAAUUAUGGGACGGUUCAGAGCACAUUAUGGAGCCCAUUGGGAUAAGUACAUUUUAAGUGGAAACCAUUCUGAUUAUCUGUAGAUUACUAAUGUCCCAAUAUGUUGAGGUGCUAUAUUUAAUGAAAACUGGGAAACAAACCAUUUGUAUUUAAUGAGAAUUGCAGAGGAAUCUUCCUGCUAACCAAGAUAAAUCUGACAUAAAUAACGCUGCCCGCACUAUUACAUGAGUGCAUGAAAACAAAAUGGCGGACACCUGUGAAGAAAUAUGAGUUGUGAUAAAGUGAAGGCAGAUAGGCCUUUUAACCCCAGGGGGAGUAUGUGUAGGAUGUGUUGUAGGCAACACAAAACGCUGUUUAGUUAUGGGCCCCUGGGGUGGAGCAUUUGGAGAGCAGGGUGGGCCAAUGCUCCACUCCACAGUUUAGUGGUUUUCUGGGGAGACAUGGAUCCAGGCCAGGGUUUUUUGGAUCGUCUCCAACCCAUUGCUCAGCUGCAGUUAAUGAGCUGUUGCAGUGGGAAUAAACCCCAACCGGCUAGGCAGGAAAAGGAGAGGGAUUGCUUGCUUCCUCCCAGGAAGCAG